AUGUUUAACAAUAAUAUUAAUAAUAACCAAAUAACCAAUGGAGUAUUUAAAAUUGAAAUAAAUAAAAUAAUAUCAUCAAUGGGUAAAUCAUUAAUAUCAGAUAGAGAGAGAGCAAAGUUUGAAGAAAAAAUGGAAAAGAUAAAAAGUAUGGCAACUAAAGAUUUCAUUUCAAUGAAUAUUGAUAUUGAAAACUAUAAUAAAAAUAAUAUCAAUAACACUAUCAAACCAAUUGAAAAUCAAGCAUUGGAUUUAUACAUUUCAUUAAGAUCAAUGAUUGAAUUUAGUAAUCAAUUUCAACGAAAAUUUUUAAAAGAUUUAUUUAAACAACAGCAACAACAGCUUCAACAAUCACAGCUUCUACAACAACAACAACAACAACAACAACAACAACAACAACAACAACAACAACAACAACAACAGCAACAACAGCUACAACAACAAUUACAACAACUUAGUUCUUAUCAUAAUUCAGCACCAUUAUCAUUCAUUGAUAUGGUGUAUAAAGAUUAUAGUAGGAGAUACGCAAAGAUGUUCAGUUCAUUUGCUUUCAAAGUUAUGAAUAACCAAACAAUAGUGGUACCAUCAUUUAAAUUAGGUAAUGAUGAGGAUAUUAAUCAUGCAAUCCUAUCAAACUAUUAUGAAAUUCAAAAGAUAACAAAACAUCAUCAUUUACAUCAUUCCAAUGUACCUCAAGAUCUACAAAAUGUUAGUGUUAAUUCUACUACCAUUACAACAACAACACCACCAUCAUCAUCUUCAUCGUCAUCAUCAUCAUCAUCAUCACCUCUUAAUAUUGAUUUAUCUCCACCAAAAUCAACUCAAUAUCUUCAACAGGUUGAUAGUAAUAAUAAUAAUAAUACUACACAAUUUAAAUUAAUAUCAAAUAAUAAUAAUAAUAAUAGUAUUUCACCAUCACAAUUACUAUCAUCAUCACCACCACCACAACCACUGCCACAACAACAAAAUAAUAUAACAAAUAUAAUUGAUAAUAAUAUAUUCAUAACAAUAUUUAAAUCAAUUGAUAUUUGUAAGAUUGUGAAUACAGUUGAUGGAUUAAUAAAAAGUUAUCCAAGUUAUAAGAAUAGUUUAACCAUUAUAAAAGAGCUAAUGUUAAGUAGAGAUAGUCAAAAAGGUAUUGAUGUAAAGAUUGAAACCAUCAAAAAGAAUGCAAUAAAAUUGAUAAUGGAAGAAACUAUAAUCAAGGAUAGACAGGCAAUUUUGGAGAGUGAGUUGUAUUCAAAAUAUUUAGAGUUGAGAUUAAUCGUUGAAUUCAAUUUCAUGUAUCAAAGAAAACUUUUAAAAGAACAUCCAAUUCAUAGACAACAAUCACCACAAAUUCAAACCAAGAGAAUGAAUGAUCUAAGUAUAUUUCAUAAUUCUUUUCCACUUUAUAUCUAUGAUAUUGCAAAACGUGAUUUCUCAAGAUUCAAUAAAAUUGCAAAGAAUUUUAUUUUCAUUAUUGAUGGUCAAUCUUUUACAAUACCAAUAUUUAAAUUAGUACCUUCACCAUUUUCAUAUGCUUCUAUUACUUCUAAUAAUAAUAAUAAUAAUAAUUCAACCUUUGAUUCAAAUAUCAAUGAUCAAUCUUCUUUUUCUUCUUCUUCUUCUUCAUCUUCAUCUUCAUCUUCAUCUUCUUUGUCGUCAUCAUUAAUAAUUGAUAAUGAUAUCUCUGAUGUAAUUCAAUCAUUGUUUAAUCAAGUUUAUCAAUUAGUUCAAAAAAAUAAACAAAUUAAAAUUAAAACUAAACCAUCAUUUGCUAUUAGUGAUUUAGAUAAUAAUAAUAAUAAUAAUAAUAAUAAUAAUAAUAAUAAUAAUAAUAAUAAUAAUAAUAAUAAUAAUAAUAAUAAUAAUAAUAAUAAUAAUAGUAUUAAUAAUAAUAAUAUUAUUAAUAAUAAUAAUAAUAAUAAUAAUAAUAAUAAUAAUAAUAAUAAUAAUAAUAAUAAUAAUAAUAAUAAUAAUAAUAAUAAUAAUAAUAAUAAUAAUAAUAAUAAUAAUCAAAAUGAAAUUAUUGUUAACCCUGUACAAUCAAAUAGAAUAGAACCAAAGAUUAUAGUUCAACCAUCUUAUUCAUUUUCUUCUACUUCUUUAUCAUCUUCAUUACCUUCACCUCAAAAGUUAAAAGAAAGUGAUCAAGUCAUAAUGGAUAUUUUAAAUUUUAUUUUUAAUUAUAAUAAUUUUGAAAAAGAUUUAUUUUAUGAUAAUGUUAUGCAUAUGAAAAGAGUUUAUCAAAAAUAUAGUGGAAGUGUAUUAUCUAUUCGUGAAACUAUUGUAAAUAAUAAGAGAAGUUAUAAUGAAUUUUUAGAUAACAUUUUGCAAAUUAAAAAGAAUGUUCAAUUAGAUGUUGAAAAGAAUGUUAUUUUGUCAUCAAAUCAAUCAAAUAAUUCUAAUGUUACACCAUGGUCCUCUGUUAUUUCAACUAGUAUUCAUUUUGGUGGUGGUGGAAGUAUUAAUAAUAAUAAUAAUAAUAAUAAUAAUAAUAAUAAUAAUAAUAAUGAGGAUAAUAAUUUAGAAAAUGAAAUGAAAUUAUAUAAUGAAUGUUUAUCAAAAUUAUUUUCAUAUAGAUCAUUAAUUUGUUUUAAUUUCUUUUAUCAAAGGAUUCAAUUAAAAGAAAGAUUAGAAUCAAUGGGUGUUUCAUUUGAAUCUAGUGGUAUUGAAAUUACAAAGAGAUUGGUUGAAAUUCAAAUGAAUAUUUGUAAAGAAUUAUUUCAAUUCCAAUCAGUUAGAAAUGGUAUAUUCAACGAAUCAUUAUUAAAUAAAGAGUUGAUUUUGGAUAUUGAUAAUUUUAGUAGUAGUAGUAAUAGUAGUAGUAGUAGCAGUAGCAGCAAUUUUAAUAGUAGCAAUACAAAUGAUAGCUCUAAUAAAAAGAGUAUAACUAUACGUAUUUUUAAAUUUGGUGGUGAACCUAUAACUAAUUUCAUUUCAACCCUAUUCUUUGAAUCUCAUAAUAUAAUUAAAAAAUUAAAAACAACAACAACAUCAUCAUCUCAAAACUAUCAAUCUCAAAAUUAUCAACAUACUGUGAAGGAAUUUAAUGAUAAUUCUAUUGAAUCAAUGAAGGAAGAGAGACAAUAUUGUUCAUCAUCAUCAUCAUCAUCAUCAUCAUCAUCAUCAUCAUCAUCAUCAUCAUCAUCAUCAUCAUCAUCAUCAUCAUCAUCAUCAACUUUAUCAUCACCAUCGUCAAAACUUAUUGGAGAAUCAAUCUCUGAAAAUAGAAAGAAGAACGAACAAUUACUUCAAGAGAUUGAAAAACUAAAAGAACAAAUUAAUAAUUUAAAGAAGGAAGGUGAGGAACUGGAGAAUAGUAGUAAUAUUAUUCAUCACCAUUCUCAUCAAUACCAUCACCAACAACAACAACAACAUCUUAAUAAUAGUAGCGAUGAUAGUGGAUGUACAACUUAUGUUAAACAAUAUAUUUUUUUAAAAUAA